AUGUCAAAACGGAAUGGAAGUACUGCGACGCAAGAGUAUGAGGGGAGUGUGCCUCCGCCAAAACGAGUGGCGAUAACUUCCAAUUCAGAACAUCCCGUCGCUCAUAUCUCGAGACAUAUCAGGGCAUGCACCACAUGUCGGAAGCACAAGAUUAAAUGCUUUAUGGACGAUGCUGGACCACCAUGUCGACGGUGUAAAGAGAAGAAGCUGAGCAACUGUGCCGUGAGCAAGAAUUUGCAGACCAUCAUCGAUGAAAAGACGGAGCUAUCCGAAGCCAUGCUAUCAGAUCUCGACCAGAUGUACACAGCAGUCAAGGAGAUGAGAAGUAUAAUGGGCUUACCAGAAUUACCGCCAUUACAAACAUCAAGAAUGAACAAGCGAAAGGAUUCAUCAGCACCGCCACCACAAGAGUCAACGAUACUUCAGCUGGAGGAUAAUGAUGGCCCAUCAUGCGACAACUCGCCGAAACUCACGCCCGAAGAUGAUAGACUGCCUCACGCUCCUAUUCAUUCUCUCUACACUCUCACGAGAAUGAGAGCACUUCGAUCGCCGGGAAGUGGGAAUGAGAAUCCGAGCCAAGCCAUCAAUGACUUUAUCUCUCAAGGACAGAUCUCACUGGCUGACGCUGAACGGCUGUUUUGUGUUUAUCGAGAUCGUUUGGACGGGUUCAUCUACUCCAUCGGCUGCCCUUACAAAACUCUCGAGCAGCUCCGUCGGAAGUCAUCAAUCCUAUGUGCAGCUACACUGACAAUUGCAGCGCUUCACGAUCCCGCAGCGGAUAAAGUAUAUGGUAUCUGCAAUUCCGAACUUCGUCGAUUGACCGAAAAGUCGAUGCUGCAACGGCAAGGCGAUAGAGACUACUUCCGAGCUCUCAGCAUCGCUUCAUACUGGCUGAGUGAUCUGUCUUGGACAUUAUCAGGUCAUGCGAUAAGAAGAGCUGCAGAAUGCAAUAUCCACAACAGUUACAGUCUAGCCAUAAAGGACCAAUCCGAAGAAGCCAUGGACUCUGCGCGUAUCUGGUCUAUUCUUUACAUCUGCGACCAGCACCUUGCUAUCCUGUACGAUAGACCGGCGAUUAUCCAGGACGACUGGCUGACGCAAGACUGGGAAGGUAUUCUCAACUGUCCGCUGGCUACGGACCAAGAUGAAAGACUCAUGAGUCAGGUUGAGCUGAUGGGUAUCUUGCGCAACAUCCGACGAUUAUUCGGACCUGAUAAAGGAGAAGAGAUUCCUAGACUGUAUUUGAGUCAGAUUGGACACUAUCAUCGGCAGCUUGAUCAGUGGAUCACGAAGUGGACCGAUCGACUCCCAGAGGGCCAUCCCAAUAUUGGAGCAUUCCCACGAAAAGGCGCUCUCUUCCACUUUCACCUCGCCCAGCUAUACCUCUACUCCCACGUCUUUCGCGGCCAAUCAAACCAAAUACCCAGCCACUUCCUCGACACAGCCUCAAUGGCAGUGACUUCAGCAUCAGCCAUCAUCGACAUCCUCCUCACCGACCCUGAUCUCUCCACCAGUAUCGUCGGGAUCCCAUCUUAUCUUCUCUCCAUGACAGCAUUCGCAGCCAUGUUCCUCGCCAAAGUCUCACAUAAGUACGGAGAUAACCUGUUCAGACGCGAUCAAGCCCUGGAUCAGAUUACUCGACUAAUCAGCCAUUUUCGGUCUUUGUCCAUGGGGAAGUGGCAUUUGGCGAAUCUUAUGAUUAGAGGACUGGAGACUGUGACUAGUCUUUUGACCUCGCAUGGAGUGCAGUAUAAAGUGCAGAAUGCUAUAUCAUCGAUGAUGCCUGGAAAUGAGGCCACUCAAGGUCUUGAAGAUGUCUACAACACUAAUCCCGAUAUGUUCACCGGGAUUGAUGGGAACACAAUUCCAACAUGGGAUACGACCUUUGGGCUAUCACCCAUCUUUGGCUUUGACCCUUCGUUUCUUGAUGUCGAUGGGUACAUGCAGUCAAUGGCUAUCUUUCCAAACACAGAAGGAUCUUGA